UUGCACGUGGAGGGGAAGGCCGCCGGGACCGACGGACACUGCAGCGAGCCGGACCGGGAUCUCCUCAUCGCGGCGCUGGCAAUCGAUCGGAUCGGCUGCCUGACCGCGACGGAGAAGCUGCGGCUCUUCGACCGCACCGCGGACGUGGAGGCCGUGGCGGGGCUCACCCCGUGCGCGGUGCAGGCGGUAUCGUCACGGCGUCUGCGCGCCGUUCCGGAGGAGCCGGGCCGGUUCCUGGCGGACGCGGAGCGGGAGCGCUCGCGCUUGACGCAGCUUGGCGGAGGGUGCAUUUUGUAUGGUAGCGGCACCUACCCGCCGCUGCUGACGGCGAUCUACGAUCCGCCGUUUCUCCUGUACUACCGUGGCAAUUAUCCUGAGCUUCUCUGUACCGCCGAACAUCUGUCGGUUGUCGGAACCCGUCGCCCUUCGGGCGCCGGUCGGCGCGCGGCCUUCGAGAUGGGAUUUCAUGCGGCGCGGCGGGGAGCGACCGUAGUGUCGGGGCUGGCGCGCGGCGUCGACGCAGAGGCACAUCGUGGCUGCCUGGCCGCCGGGGGCCGCACGGUCGCCGUUCUGGGAACCGGCGUGACACGAUCUACCCGGCGUCGAGCGUGUCGGUUGCGCGGGCGCUGA